AUGCCUGCGCUACCCCCACGGGGCGCGGCGGCAUCGCAACCGACGGUGACACUACCUCUCCCGGCAUCACCACCCGCCGCCUCUCCCCUCGGUCCCCGCGCGCCGCAGCAGAGCACCACCACCCCCGGCUUCCAGGCCAUCCCCUCGACUUACCGCGAGCAGGACUCGUCCCUUGCGCCCGGCGCCGUUGCCGGCAUCGUCCUCGGCUCCGUCGGCGCCUUUCUCCUGCUCCUUGCCCUCCUGUACUCGUGCACAGGCUGGACGCCCGUCUUCCUGCCGUGGUCCCCGACCACCGCCAGCACCACCACCCGCCGGCGCACCGUCAUCGUCGAGGACGAGCCACCACACCGCCACAAGCACCGCCGGCACAAACACCGCCGUCGCCGCAGCAGCCGCAGCCGCACCACCGAAACCGAAAUGUUCGAGGUCCACCGCACCGCCUCCCGCGCCCGCGCCCCCGUCGGCGGUCGUACCGUGCACAUCCCCGCGCCCCCGCCGCCCAUGAUGCCCAGCGUGCGCGUGUCCCAGUCGACGACGCGACACGGACCGCCGCGCGUCGUCCGCGAUGACGCCACCGAAACGGACCUGACCGAGGACGAGAUUGUCGUCAUGGAGGAGCACUCCCCGCCUAGGCACCAGUCGUCGGGUAGGAGGAGCCACGACUCGCGCCGCGAUAGUAGGCGAUAUAGCCGCGGUCCUUGA